CCUUCGACAACUGCGCUGCUUGACCGUGAGCUGGAGCUCACGGGUCUAUGGUGCAAUGCCGGAGAAUGACUCGGCUUCCGUGAUUCCUGCACAACUGUCGUUCCUCACCAUAUACAACCCCCGCCUGGGUCCGACCGAUGAGACAAUCCGCGAUCAGGUUGUCUUCUAUACAUCCAGAUCGGUUCGAUCGCGCAGACGUGAAGGCUCACUGGCCGACGAUGACGACCACGGUUCCAACGAUAGGUGGAAUGAGAGGUUGCGCCAGAUAGGACUGGCCCAGGGUAUGGUGGGCUUCGCCAGGAACUUUUCGCAGGGGAAAGCAGUCGAUUACGUGGAAACUGAAAAGUCGCAGAUCAUAUUACAUGAGUUGGAGAGCGACUGGUGGAUUCUAGCUUCUAUCGACCUAACUCGUCUCCCACUCGAUCCAGCUGGCACACCUUCCUCUCAGCGCGAUGCUUCAGCUUUUUCUUUUGGCUAUUCUUCAAGGGAGAUGUCCCCUCCUCACCUCCUGAUACAACAACUGCGUCAAGCCCACUCUGCCUUUCUCCUUCACCAGGAUACUACACUUGACGCCCUAUACAGUCGUGUGGACCGGUCCACAUUUUGUGCUCUUAUCGAUAACUUCUGGUGGCGGUUCGCGUGGAGCUGGGAGGUCCUGCUGAGCGGAAACCCCGCUGUUGACAUAUAUAGCGGAAUCAAGCUAUCUGCUGGAGGUGAACUUGGCAUUGGCGUUGGCGAAGAAGAGUGGGGAAGCGGAGAGAGAGAAGUGCUCGAGGACUUUGUCACUCGGACGGAGGGCCUAGUGGACUUAGUUGUCUCUCGAUUUGGUGACCCUCGCCCACCUAGUGAGAAUCUAGCAGCAAGAAACAGGCCUUGGGAUCCACUGAACACAGACGCCGUUGACGACCGAUGGCUCGGCUUAGGAGCCUGCCCUAGGCCUGCAGAUGGAGUCAUAUUCUCCGGUGUAGGGGCGGUCUCUAGACCAUCCGUCCUGCGGGUCUCUCAGUGGAUGGAAUCAAUCUAUAGAUAUGGGGUCGACGCAUACGGAGUAGGCGAAGACCCGACCUCAUCACGGCGUCGAAGGCGACGGAAGAAGCAACGCGGCAGAUUGGCUGGAAGGGAUUCCAGCAAGCAACCUGCUUCCGAGGCAGGCUCUCUGGCUGCAGCCCCCGAUCGCCCUUUUUCUCCAGGCAUACCACCCCCUCUCGUGAUAGGGACCGCCGAGUCUCCGCAGGCUCCACAAGAGUUGAGUCCACACACGAGUGGUGAGAGCUCCCCGGCAAGAAGCGAUCGCGGGAGUGACUGGAUAGGCUUCAGAACCGACACGUUUGUGAAGUAUCUUACGCUUGGAUAUGGCUCAUCCUGGGGACUUUCGUCUGGGACGGCCAGCCCGCACCCUCGGGUCGAAGCGUUAAAGCGAGAAGACAGGCCGUCCACUCCAAGUAAACAGACAGAUUCGUCUGCGGAUGCUCAGGAGACCAUGGACGGAAACAUGCCGCAGCCCGACGAUAGCAAAAAGCCUCAGAGCCAUGGAAGAUUUCUCAUUGGCUUGUAUUCUGAUCCUGAUGAUCAGGACAGGAAUACGCAAGAAGGCGCAGACACAGCGGACGAUCAAGUGGGCGUAACAAAGGAUACCAUCAAGCACAGAGGCUUGCAUGUUCAUUUGUCAGAUUCCUCGGAACAGAACCCAACGGGCUCAGUAAAACUGCAAGCAGUGGUCUACAUACAUCGACCCUUUAUGUACACAUUUCUGUUCGAUCCUUCGGCGCCAGCUCUGUCCGACCCGUCGUUAUACCACAACAUCAGCCACCAGUUAAGCCCACUUCACAAGCCUCUCAGCAACUCAACCUCGCCCGUCACGGCAGCCAUGCGAGUUGCCAUGUCUGACAAUGCUUUCGACAUCAACAAGCGAUUCUCCGGCAAGAGUCAGCCAGUCUACAACUUAGUCUAUGACCAGACUAAUUUGACGAUCCGUUCCUCGAUUCCGAACAUACCAGACCUUGGGUCCUCCAUCAACGAACCCCGGGAUCUGGCCACACAGCCAUGGUCUCGAGUCGAGAGCCUCAACAUCCACCACCGACUCCUCAGCACCCAUCUCGAAACCCGCUCCCGGCCCUUGGAGGUCGAGAGGACCUGCAAGACCAGCCGCGGCUGGUGGAUUGUCUGGAUUCGGAUGUCUGAACCUCCCCAACAAGAGCAGGAAAGCACGAACUCCAACGCUAGCAUCCACACUGCCACCACCGAUGCCCACCAGGAAGCAUUCCUGAUCCGCAGAUCAAGUGACUCCGUCUCCCCGUCCGGACAUGCUCGCAACAGCAGUAGCACUCGAUUCUUCCGGGACUUGGGCGGAGCUUCAUCCCCGGGGCUAGAGUCAUCACGGACCGACACGGGACCAGGGAAACUUGUUGAAGGGCUGGGCCUUGACGCAAGACGAUAUAUUGAGAAUCUCCUUAGUUUGAAUAGAUGAGAUGCGAGCAUAUAUAAGAGAUGACGUUGGCAAAUUUCUACUUCUACCUGGCCCGACAAUGACCACUUAACAUAAAACAGACAAUAAUCGAAC